CCGCCCACCUGCUGCUCACCUCACCGCGGAACUCAAAACACAGCUCGAGAUUUAAACCUGAGCUGGAAGCCUUAAACCUAAAACCUGUGGUCUCCUCCACCCUCCGCCUCGGAUUACAUCGGUGCGUCACGGACAUUUCGUUCGAGAUACCCCUCCCACAAGAGAAGUUACCUAAAAUCUGACUUCGGCAGGUAGAAGAAGUGGGAUGAUAACCCCGGUGACAGUCAGUAAAUGUGCUGAUAAGGCGUUUUUGUAAGUGGACCGUCAGUGACACGACGACAGAGCCGCUGCGCCACGCUGUCACUCUGAACCUGCAACCGCGUAAGUUAAUUGCAAGAUGAGCACAGAAGACCAAAUUGCACAGCUGUCUCCCAAGACAUCACCCGCCACACCAACUAUAACACCGUUUACACAACGAAAAGAGAGUAACUCCUCAUCAGAAGACAACAGACAGGACAGCUGGGAGUUAGUUGAGGACUUGCAAGGAUUGACAGGAAAUAUUCAGAAGCCUGAGAAGCUGGAAGGUUUGCUUUUGAAAAAGAGGAAGUGGCCAAUGAAAGGCUGGCAUAAGAGAUAUUUCCUGCUUGAAAGAGGCAUCCUUACAUAUGCCAAGACUGGGACUGCUCUGAAGAAGGGGAGGUUACGAGGUCGAAUUGACGUUGGUCUCUCUGUCAUGGCCAUGAAGAAGAAGUCAAUGUGCAUCGACCUGGACACAGAGGAUAGUAUCUAUCACCUUAAGGCAAAGACUCGGGAUCUGUUUGAUCAGUGGGUGACUCAACUACGUCAUCAUCGAACUUUCCGUCAGAACGAGAUCACCAUGGAGCCUCCCGAGCGACCGCUGCAAUCUGACCCCACUGCCAACAGACGACGUUCAUUUCUCUCCAAGCUGCCUUCAGCCCUGUUGAAGAACAGCUGGUGCCAAAACUCUCAAGACAUAGAGAAGUGCUGCAAAGAUCUGUCAGAGUGUGAGUCGGCACUGCUGGAAUUAAAUUUGCUGCUGAAAAAUAUGGAAGUUCUUCACAGAACGUUCUCAGCACCUGCCAUUAACUUACUGCAGACUGAAGGCUCCAAAAAAGAGAAACGAGGACACAAAAAAUGGAGAUCAAAGAAUCAUAGCAAGGAAAAUAAAAACACACAGCAGCAAAAUCCUGAUGCUUCAUCUUCCCGUCUGCACGUGUCUCACCCGAACUUGAUAUAUUCAGAGCCUGUUUCACCAGACUCAUGCCUGGAUAGUCCAGAUUCACCAACAGAAGCCUCACGAAUGCAGGAGGAGUUCUGUCGGCUCGCUGGCACUGUUCAUUCCACUCUUCGGUCAGCGUACACUUCUCUUUGCACAGAAAGAGACAGAGUCAGGAACACAUUGGAUUGUAUCAGUGAGACGGAAGUCCUCGUUGGAUCACGCCCUCUCCGCCAGCAGGUGUCCAGUGAGAGUCGAGGGUCAAUCCCAGAAUCCCUUUCAGAGUUUUUUGACGCUAAAGAGUAUCUGCUGUCUGGCAGCUCGUCUGAGAAUGAGGCGUCCGAUGAUGAUUCGUAUGUUAGUGAUGUGAGUGACAGCACUUCAGUGGAGUUUUGCAGGAACGAGAACGGUGUUACAAAGGAGAUUUUAAGUAAUGGCAAAAACUGUGUGGUGACACGGCGAGAACAUUUGCCAAGUGCACGCAUGAACGAGAGCGUGAAUCUGUGGAGUAUUCUGCGUAGUAACAUCGGUAAAGACCUGUCGAAAGUUGCCAUGCCCGUCCAACUCAAUGAGCCCUUGAACACCCUGCAGAGACUGUGUGAGGAAGUUGAGUACUGUCACCUGCUGGACACUGCUGCAAACACACACGACCCACACAUGCGCAUGGUGUAUAUAGCAGCAUUUGCUGUAUCUGCAUAUGCAUGCUCAUUCACUAGAGCAGGAGGAAAACCAUUUAAUCCUAUAUUAGGAGAGACAUACGAGUGUUUGCGGCCAGAUAAGGGCUUUCGCUUCAUUGCUGAACAGGUCAGUCAUCAUCCACCUGUGUCUGCUUGUCACUGCGAGUCCAAAAACUACACAUUUUGGCAAGAUGUCCGGUGGAAGAAUAAGUUUUGGGGGAAAUCCAUGGAGAUUGUUCCCAUGGGAGUCACUCACUUAGAGCUGCCAGGUUUUGGGGAUCAUUUUGAGUGGAGUAAAGUCACUUCAUGCAUUCAUAACAUUCUGAGCGGUCAGCGCUGGAUCGAACACUAUGGGGAAAUGUCAAUCAAACACUCUAACACCAUGGGAGACGUCAGUCACUGCAAAGUCACUUUCCUUAAGUCAAGAUCUGGAGGUCUGAAUGCUAAUGAGGUAGAGGGUAUGGUCACUGAUUCAAAUGGCCGUGUCAUUCACACUCUGUUUGGCAAAUGGAACGAGGCCUUGUAUCUGGGCAAACCGCCUUCUGCAACCUGCAUCUGGAGAGCAAAUCCCAUGCCUGAGGACCAUGAGCAGUAUUAUGGAUUCACCCAGUUUGCAAUUGAGUUAAAUGAAUUGGAAGAAGGUUUAAAGCCACUCUUACCUCUGAUAGACACCCGUUUUAGGCCAGACCAAAGAUUACUUGAAGAGGGUGAUAUUGCUGGAGCAGAAGAACAGAAAGAAAGAAUUGAAGUACUCCAAAGAGAGAGGAGGAGAGUCCUGCAAGAAAACAACAUGACACACUCGCCUAGAUUCUUCAAACGUGCAGAAGACGACUCUUGGGUGAGCAAUGGCACUUACUGGGACCUCAGGAAGGACCCUGGAUUCAGCAAACUUGAAUUCCCGGAGCUCUGGUGACCAUCGGUGGACUUGUGAUAUUUGACUUUUCCAUUUCUGCUUUCUCCGUUAUUCAUAUGCAAUCCUGCUGAACACUGUGGGAUUUAAUGUAUCAUCCCAUGUCUAUGUUGAUGUUUUUGUAAUGGUAUUUAUCUUUGUUAAACAGACACUUUUACAGCACAAGAUAGAAAGUGCCUCUAGAAACACAUUUAGCCAAUGCUUUACUUGUCAAACUGUCUAGCUGAUAUUUAGAUGCAAAUGAACUGACCAAUGACUUUUGGUCUGGAUAUUAUUAGUGUAUUUAUAUUCAUAUGCAAAGUAAAAAUCUUAUUACUUAAUCAAGUAAAUUUUAAAAAAUCCUCAAAUACAAUCAAUUCAGAUAAAUGACACAACAUUAAUAAUGAUUUAGAAUCUUAAAGAACACACACUUACAGGGAUAGUUUACUCAAAUGAAAAUUAGUCCAAGAGUUACCCUCAGGGCAUCCCAGGCUUGUCUGACAUUCCUCUUUCAGACAAACAGAUUCAGAGUUAUAUAAGACUGUAUAAGACUAUUCUGUAUAAGACUGACUCUGUUCCAACAUGUGACUGCAGUGAGAGGAAUGUCAGACACACCUAGGCUGCCUUGAGGUUAAAUCUUGGACUAAUUUGCAUUUAAGGGUGAACUAAAUAAUAAUAGUUCCGAAAUAAUAAAUUAUUUAAAUUAAGCCUAUAUUUUGGAACAUUGGUUUUUAUUUUUAUUUGGAUUAUGACAUUUAUUUAUUGUUAUUGUCAUUCUCAUUACUGUUAUCUGAAAAAGAUGAUGUAUUUAAAUUGUAAUGAGUUUAUCAUGGAAGUAUUUGUUAUACUACCUGUUAUUGUUUUCUAUUCUUAAAUCAGCACAGAAUACUGUAUAAAUUAUCAACCAUAUUACAGUAAUGAGAAUUUAGGGUACUUAAUUGUCUUGAAAUUAAUGUCAAAAUAAAUAAAUCUUGGUCCUAAAAAUAGGAUAAUUUUUUAUAUAUAUUAUUAUUAUACUAAAUAUUAUUUUCUUAUUUUUGUUGUAUCAAAUAAUAGAUUUUGAGUGACCUGGUCUGUGGUGGCAGAGAAACACAGCACUGGACUGACUGUCUUGAGAUUUACACCAGGAGUUUCUACUAUAAGCAUUUGAAAGCCACAUUUAAUGAAUGUCUGACUCUACUUACACUCCACUCUAUAAUCAGGUAGUACAUAUAUAUAUGUAAAUAUUUUUGUACUCAUAACAGUAAUGAUUUUUUUCAUAUUUAAAUGGAUUUAUCAUUCUUUAAAUGGUUAAUUCUAUAAAACUGAUAUAAAAACAAAUAAAAUAUAUGUGUGGCAGAAAUUGACAUGCAUAUAUAAUGAUUGUAUAAUGGAUGGUAAUUUUGUGUUGUGUACAUGCUUGUCCUACUUUUCUCUGUAUUGUUGUGUAAUAUGCAUAAGAAUACAAUUACCCUGCCUCACUGUUUAAUGUA